UCACAUAAUUAAUGAAGAUCGAUGGUAAUUAACACACUGCAAUAAUUUCACACCAUUACUGAACAAGACAAUUGCACCAACUUAAAUGGUUCUUCCUCAUUACCACAUGCAUACAUAUAUAUAACUCACAUGCAUAUAUCUCUCUCUUAUAUUUAUGUAUAUAUAAACCCUAGCUAGAGUACUAGUCUAUUAUAAGAGUGGUCUGUCGAUCGAGUUUGUCUUAGCGUAUACAUGUAGAGAGAGAUAUGGGGAGAAGUCCGUGUUGCGAAAAAACGGGACUAAAGAAAGGGAAAUGGACUGCAGAAGAAGAUGAGAAACUUAUCAACUACAUCAAGGCCAAUGGAGAUGGUUCUUGGAGAUCCUUACCCAAGAAUGCAGGUUUGUUGAGGUGUGGAAAGAGUUGCAGACUAAGAUGGAUUAACUACUUGAAAGAAGAUGUCAAGAGAGGGAACUUCACUGUUGAUGAAGAGGAGACCAUUGUCAAAUUGCACAAAACUUUGGGAAAUAGGUGGUCCAUAAUAGCAAGCAAUUUACCAGGAAGAACAGACAAUGAAAUAAAAAAUUAUUGGAACUCUCAUUUAAGCAGAAGCAUUUACAGGUUCAGAUCCAUUAACGGUGAGUCCACACUCUCUGCAUCAGAUAUGAUCAGCAUGGCUAACACGUCCAAGAAACGAGCCGGUCGAAUUAGCCGGAAAAAUGCCAAAAAAUACAACCAUGGUAAUAACAACUCGCAUUAUGCGUCAACAAAAACUGAAAAUAUUCCCACAAGUGUGGAGGUGGGGGUGGUGGUGCACGACGAGGGUCCGGGGGAAAAAGUAUCAGUGGACCGCCAGCUGGACGACACUAGUGAGAGAAACGACGAGCAAGAAAAUUUGAAUGUUUCGUUCUUUAGUGAUGAUUUAUUAUUCACAGACGAAUGGGCUAAUGCUGCAUUAAUGGUUGCACCUACAGAAGAAAUAGAGGGACCAAUGGAGGUAGAUGAAGACGUAUUAAUGGAAUGUGAGAACAAUCUGGUAAAUACCGAUUAUGGGGCCCACUUGUACGAAUGCUCGAACUUUUCUCCGAUUGUUUCCAAUUUCACCGAUGACUUUCUUCAAUGGGAUUAUAACUGUGGAGGUGUAGAGCAGAUUGAUCUGUGGAGUGAAGAUGGAGAUAUUUUGAUUUGGUCGUAGCUUGGAGAAGAAGAUCAAGAAUCGGGAAUGAUAAGUUAUCUGCAUAAACAGUUAAACUUUCACUUCGUUUUCAUCGGAAGAGAAAACGGAAGAAACUAGAUUUAUCAUAAUAAAAUAUCUAUGUAUUUGUAUUUAUUUGUCACUUCAAUCUUCAUACAUUUCAGGAAUUAAUGUAAUUCUAGACAAUAUUUUAGUUAAAUGCACUUCUGCUUCUUCUGGU